GUGAAAGUAUGUUACAACAACUUUCACAAAUUUUAGAAAUUUUCUCUUCCCACCCCUUUUUCCAAUUUUGCCUUUGUAUAAAAACUUCAUAACGCGUUUUCCAAAUUUUUCUAGUUCAAAUUUGGAAAACACAUUUCGAGUUUUUUUUCCAAGGAAAUAAAAAAUUCGGAAAACGCGUUCCGCAAUAUUUAUUUAAGGGCCAAAAUGGAAACCUGGGAUAGAAAAGAAACACGGGGAGGUGGAAAGAGAAAAGUUCCAAAUUUUAAUCCCAAAUUGGCCCAUCAGAGUCAUCAGACAAAAAAAUAAAACAAAAAAACUGAGCAACUCAACUCAACUCAACGAUUUGAAGUGUUUCACAGAACUCAACUGCCCGGAAAACACGCCAAGUGUUUCACCUCCGUUCUCCCGCCGCAACAAAGCCCGCCCAUAAGGUUUCUCAAUUUCUUUCCACCGCGAUUUCCGGCCGUGGUUCUGCAAUAGGCAACACAGCAGAGUUGCGUCGCAGUAGAUCAGAGCUCCGCACCGCCAUUAACAACAUAGGUUAGAAGAACUGAACUUAAUUAUGCGGCGAUGGAACUAGAUUAUUGAAGUAAUUGUUCCAAAAUCGAGAAGAUGAGCCAUCUUUCAAUUCCGCCUGGUUUUGCAUCCCUAACAUCUUUUAUCCUCAAAAGGGAUGACAAGGUUAAGAAAACCAAUAAGUCCGACUCAAUUCCGACAGAGACUAAUCCUGAGAUGGAUGACAAUGCUUCAUAUAAUCAGAUUUAUACACAACGGCCGUGGAUAAUAGAGGACCAGAGCAAGCGCAAACCUGAGGAAUCUCACACAGAACAUCUUCCUGGGGUUAAGUUGAAUUCCCUUAGAAAUUCUUCUCGUCCAAAAGGGACCACAUAUGGAUGUCCAAAAUGCAGUAAUUGUGUAAAGGUAACAGCAAGGUGGCAUCCUGAGGAUGCAAGAAGAGAAAUUCUGGAGGAAGCUCCCAUAUUCUGUCCAACAGAAGAGGAAUUCAAAGACACACUUAAAUAUAUCGCAAGCAUACGUUCAAAAGCAGAACCUUAUGGAAUUUGCCGUAUAGUCCCUCCUACUAGCUGGGAACCACCAUGUACUCCUGAGAAAAAGAAUGUAUUGGAAAACUCUGAAUUUUUUGCUCGAAUUCAGCGAAUUGAUGGGCACCAAUUUCAGGAUGCACCAGAAACUAUGGCUAGCUCUCAUGAUACUACAGAAACCAAGAGAAGAAAAGUGAUGAAAGUAGCCGCGGACUCUCAUCUUGGUAAUAGAAGCACUUGCACCCCUAAUAGCGGGAAUGUUGAAGGCGGUGACAAUGAGACUGAACAUGGUCCUAAAUUCACUAUCAAAACAUUUAAGAAAUUGGCAGAUGAAUUUGAAAUCCAAUACUUCAACUACAAGAAGAAGAAGAACUCAGCCAUACAUCUACAGCACUGGGAACCAUCUGUUGAGAAUAUUGAAGAUGAAUACAGACGUAUUGUUCAAAAUCCAACUGAAGAAAUUGAGGUUCUCUGUUGUGACACUUUGGAGGCUGGAGAAUUUAGCAGUGGAUUUCCAAUUCCAACGGUUUCUGAUCCUAAAAAGGCGAAUACUUACCCUGAAUAUUUGAAUUCUGGAUGGUACUUAAAAAACAUGCUCUCACUCCCAGGUUCUCUUCUUUCUUUUGAAAGCCCUGAAGUUGCACGCAAAUUUUCCCCUAGGGUACAAGUAGGAAUGUGCUUUUCUCCACUCAAAUGGAAAGUUGAAGAGCACCAAUUAUACUCAUUGUGUUGCUUGCAUUUGGGGGAACCCAAAGUAUGGUAUAGUGUCCCAGGAAGAUUUGCUGCUGACUUUGAAACAAUUUCGAAGAAGUAUCUCCGAGCGCUAAAUAUGUAUGCAGGACAGCCUGAUACGCAUGAUAAUCUGGCUAUGCAGUUAUCCUGCUCAAUAUUGAAGGAAGUGGGUAUACCAGUAUAUCGUUGUGUUCAGCAUCCUCGUGAGUUUGUUCUUGUCUUACCUGGAGCAUAUCAUUCAGGAUUUGAUUGUGGUUUCAACUGUUCUGAAGUAGCAAGUUUUGCUCCUCUUGAGUGGCUGCCACAUGGGCAGAAUGUAGUAGAACUAUACUGUGAACAGAAGAGAAAGACAUUAAUUUCAUACGAUAAGCUGUUACUGGGAGCAGCAAGGGAAGCUGUGAGGGCCCGAUGGGAAAUUGAUAUAUGUAUGAAGAGCACGCCCGACAACUUAACAUGUAAAGAUGCAUAUCAAAGAGAUGGGAUCUUAACAAGAGCUUUGAAUUCUCGCCUCAGGAGUGAAAGUUUGAAGAGGAAAUUCAUUUCCACUUCAUUCAAAUCACAAAAAAUGAAAGAAAAUUUUGAUGCCAGUUGUAGAAGGGAAUGUAGCAUAUGUCUGCGUGAUUUAUUCCUGUCUGCUGUUGGCUGUUCGUGUACAGAUGACAAGUUUGCGUGUCUUGAUCAUGUGAAACAGCUUUGUUCUUGCCCUUGGUCAUACAAAAUUCUCUUCUACUGUUAUGAAAUCAGUGAAUUGGAGGUUCUUCAUCAAGCUUUGGAUGGAAAACUAAGUGCAGUCUAUAAAUGGGCUAAAGAGGAUCUUGGUUUAACUGUGCGCUCAGUUGCCACCAAGAGAUCAAACGAAACCCCAGUAAAAGUAAAUGAUUCAGAAGGCUUGUUGAAAGAACCUAUGUCGCGGUGGGCACAAGAUGCAUACAACAAGUGGAAUCGGUGUAAAUCGCAGGCAACACCAAAUGCUUCAGAGGGGAAACAAAGAGAAAAGGCCUUCGAAGCCCAGCAGACCCCUAGUAGCACUCACAAUAGUUCGUCCGCCGUUCAUCCAAUAAAGAACACAACUUUACUUCAUUCAACAAUAUCAAACGACAUCAAAGCUAAAGAGAAAAUGGUGGGGCACAAUUCUGUUGCAACAAGCAUCGGCGGAGGAAGUAAUUCUGCUGGGAUCAAACCUGAUAGCAAGGCAAUUGGGGAUAAGUUCCCGACUUCAAAGAAAGUAGAAGACCCAAAAGUUUCUGAAACUCCACGUUCGCGUUUCUUGUCUUUUGUACAGGAAAACAUUUUGGUUGAUGUUUCGUCUAGUUCUUCAGAAUCCGAUUAGGGGUAGAUAGCUAAUCUGGAAAGGAAGCUUACUUUUCAGUGUCCUCUAAAUUCAUUUGUGUGUGAUAAUAUAUUUUCAUGCAAAGAGUGGCACUGGUGUUUUUUGGAUGAAAUAUUCAUCAAGAAUUCCAGGUUAUUGUAGUGUAUACUAGUCGAUAUACCCGUGCUACUGCACGGGUUGCUUGCUGCGUUUGUGUAUAUUAUCUGCGUUUGUGUGUAUUAUAUAAAAGAACCAACACUUCUGUUCUGUCAGAAGUAAUCAGAACCAUUUGUAGUCUGAGUUGUUAACCAUUGUUGUUGUAA